AUGCACCCAGCGACCUUCAGUAGCGGCCAUCUACUCGUCGCGCGCGCCUGGACGCGGCAAUGUCGAUCCUUUUCGCAGCAACCUCUGCGACGCUGGGAAGAGGUCUCGAGCAACCAACGUCCAUCUCGAGCACAGCCAUCCGCGUCCAAGCGGCUGCAGCUGAACGGUCGGUCGUACCUCGUGCCCACACUGACUGUGUGUAACGUGGUCGGCCGAGACGCUGCUGCACCAUUGCAGCCGCUUUUCCACGCCAGGGCCAACAAGAGACGUACGCCAAUAGUAAUGGACCUGCACCAAGUCUCAAGUGACGGCUCGCCGCAUUCGCAGUCGAUCAAGAGACAUGAGCUGAAGCACCAAAUCGUGCAACUUCAGGAAGCUGGGUAUGUACCGGUAGGCAUUACGAAUGCCAGUGAUGACGUCAAGCAGACGGCAGCAGCUCUUGAUCUGCCCUAUUUCAUCAGUACGAGGCUUCACCAGGAGCAGCUAGGAGAAGACGCAGUUGCAGAUACAGAAGAAGCGGUAAUGCAAGAUGAAGUGGCCGCUUCGAGGCCGGCUCAGGAGACAGCGGAGCGGCUUCCUCCUAUGGUCGUGACCCGUUUGGUGCGUUCAGGUCAGCAGAUUUAUGCUCAGAACAGGUCACUUGUUGUGCUCGGCAACGUGAGUUCUGGUGCUGAGGUGAUGGCGGACGAAGACGUGGUCAUUCUGGGUGCACUAAAGGGCCGCGCACUCGCUGGCAUUGGUGGCAACGUUCGAGCGACGAUCGUGUGCCAGAGUUUUGAUGCUGAGCUCGUUUCCAUCGCGCAUUGUUUCACGACGUGUGACGACUUGGAGCAGGAUGAUGCGGCACCCUUGCAGCUGCACAAACCGACGGUGAUCUCGUUGAGGAAUGACCGGCUGGUAUUUGAGUCGUCAGCGGUGUGA